UAAGGCCCGCAGAAUUGAAGGUUGGCAACUUCGAUAAAUUUCUGCUCAGUUUCGAUCUCAUCUGUAAUGGCUUCUAUUUGCAAGUUUUUUGACGAAGAUGCUGUUUACAAAAUUAACAAGAAAAAAUUCAUUGAUGUUGGUUUAGUAUUAGAAAAUUCAGAAUAUCUAAGUAGUGAUGACGAACAAUCAGACGAUCCUGAUUAUAAGGACUGGGGGGAGCGUAUGAAAAAAGGACAUAUUCGUGUGGCGUGGCAUCCUAAUGGAGCAGAAGAAGUUUUACCGGAAAAAAAGGUCAAAUUAUGCGACAGAUCUUUAAUGCCUGGUGAUGUUGUUCGGAAGAUAGUUAAAGGUAAAGACACUCAACUAGGAUACUGUCGCUAUACUGUUGUAAAAGCAGAUGUACAAGUAGUUGGUACCAAGCAGGUUUUGGUUGGGAUAGACAGUAGAGAGUUACACCCCCUUGAGGAAUUUGUAGCUGAUGUUGCAGUUUUCAAAGAUUCAUGGGUUGGAAUGGUUAAAACGGUUAAAACUGAGCUUACGUUACGUUGUAAUGAUGGAUCCAGAUGCCUUAUGUCUGAUGUUGAUGCAUUUGACAUGGAAGACAUCUUAGACCGCAGAGAAAGGGCAUCUGAAUUCAAAAAAUACAGUUUUUAUCCUGGGCAGCAGCUAUGGGGGCCCACGUUCUGUUUUCAAAAAGUAAAGUGGCUUACAUUGAACAAACCCCUUGCAGACUUGCUCAAUUCUCCCAACAAGAGUGUACGAGCAUAUGUUGAAGAUGUGAAAGUAGUUGCUUUAGGGGUUCAGUGGGUAUGCAAAGCUUAUAGUGAAGAGAAUUUUAGAAAUCAAGCUACUGAACAGCCCAAGUACCAUGUUACAGGAGAUGAUCUCAAAUCGGUCAAAAUGAUGAAUAUCUUUGAGCCAUGCACCCUUCAGAUUGGAGAUAGGAAUUAUUUAGUAAUGAAAGAUGAGUAUGAAUGCAUAUCUCUUCGCGAGUGGAGAAAUCGCAUUGCUAGUCGUCUCAAUGCCGAUAAUUCUCCCUUAAGCAAGCCAAAAGCUGCUAAAGGAACAGAAAGCAGAAAGAACACUGCUGUUGAGGAGUGUAAUGAGAAUUGUAAUGAGAAAGAAGAAUCUCAAAAUAAUACUAAAGACAUUUCUGAUAUUGAUGAUGGAGAUGAGGAUGAUAGCAUGAAAUCUUCAGAUGCAUCAUCAGUGACAAGUCGUUCAACUGCUUCUUCUAUUGAAACUGCUGCUAUCUUUUAUGUAGGUGUUACCAAAAAGAAAAAAGGUCCUCAUUAUGCGACUAAAAUGAAAAGAAAAAUGAAAAGUGUACGAAGGCGUGCAAUGAGACAUGUCAUGAAAGAAGCAUUGCCUUUGAAGCAUAAUUCUAAACUAGUCACAGAAACCCUAGUCACUGAAACAAAGGCUCAUGUUGUAUGGCAGGAUGGCACUGUAGAAUAUGAUAUUUUGUCUACAUCAUUAUAUCCGGUACAUCAUUUAGAUAGUCAUGAAUUUUUUCCUGGUGAUUAUGUUGUUGAUAGUAAAGAAUCUCGUCCAUAUGAAUAUGGUGUGGUUAAGAGGGUAGAUCAUAGUGGACGGACUGCAUUGGUGACUUGGAUGAAGACUUACCAUGCUGGAGCUUCCCCACAUCCUGAAGUACUGAAUGAACAGGAAGUGAGUGUUUACGACAUCAAAGAUCAUCCCGAUUUUAAAUAUCGACCAGGAGCAUGUGUUAUCCGUGUUGUUAAUGCAGAAGAUUCCAAUCCAGGCUCUACAGCUGGCCAGGUGGUAGAUGUUCAUUGCUCUGGGCAAGUUGAAGUAUCUUGGGUCAAUGGAGAUACAUCCCUUUGUUACCCGCAAGAACUGUAUCGUGUUGGGGAGUAUGAUUCCGAUGAUUUAUGGGCAGAUGACGAAUCCGUUUCAGAUGAAGACAGCUGGGAAACUGAGUCAGAAAAAUCCCUUGUUGGUCUUGAAGAUGGUAGCAUCACCGAGAAGGAUAUUGAUGGAGCUACGAGAGAUCUCGAAAAAAUCUCCAUCAAAUUUGAUGAUAAAGAUGAUGAAAAGUCUACUGAGGACAUGCAAGAAAAAUUGUUGGCAAACAUUGAGAAACUAAGAGCCGGUAUGGCUCGUUUAGAAGAAGUCUUUACUCAAAAUCCAACUCUUCAAACUUGCAAUGUCAUGAGAAGACUUUUGGAACUUUAUAAACACUGCAAAGUUUUAGAUCAGCUUUUAGGUACUACUUACUUCCAUGAACGCCAUCUUCAAUCACUUGUUGAACGCUUGAAACACCGAGGACGUGUCAAUAGUAUCCAGCAUAUGGCUGACCAAAUCUUCCGCCUUUUCUCUUCUAAUGAUGCCAAUAGUGAUGCCAAUGAAGCUAAGGAAGAUGUGGCUGAUUCCGAGAAGACACUAGUUAAUGACUCUUCUAAAAUUGAUAUAGACAUUCUAAUUGAUUCUUCUAAAGCUGAGGACUCUUCUGAAAUUGAAAAUGCCAACAUUAAUGAUUCUUCAAAAGUGGAUAUAGACAUUUUUAUUGAAUCUCCAAUCAAAGAAUCUCCUCCUUUGCUCACCAACCACUGCAAUGAGGAUGGUACAAACCGAAAGCCACUUUUGUCUCCGGUGAGCCCAACAUCCAGUGAACCUCGUAAUCUGUGCCAGCAGUUGUGUGCCAUCCUGAAAUCUCGUCUUCUCAAAGCACAUGAAGAUGCUGAACAGAGAUUUGGUAUGCCUAGAAGCGAGACUAGUGCUCUUCUAGCAGCAGAACUGGAACAAGUUACGCCAGCAGUUGAGAAAACAGAAGAAUCAGAAAUUCCUCCAAAUGAUAAAAACACCCAGACUACUGAACAAACUGUUCCUGAAGAAAAGCCUCCUCCUUCAAUUGUCCUGGAUGAUGAAGCCCCAGAAAUAAAUUCUGGGCAAGGUGUAUUUUCCAUAUUGGAAUCGGUUCCUGAUAGUCAUAAAUAUAAAUUAAGCAUCUUUCAGCCCGCGGAACCCAGUGCCUUCUUUAGAAUUGUGAGAAAGGAGAUGCAUUUAUUAAUAUCAUCUUUACCUGAAGGAACAAUUGUCAAGAGUUUUGAAGAUAGAAUUGAUCUGUAUUCUGUUCUAAUCAAAGGUCCCAGAAGAACACCCUAUGAAGAUGGUCUCUUUUUCUUUGACUUCCAACUGCCUGCAGAUUAUCCAAAAGUCCCUCCACUGUGCCAUUACAUCUCGUAUUGUUCAGAUCGCCUGAAUCCCAACCUGUAUGAAGGUGGAAAAGUUUGUGUCAGUCUUUUAGGAACUUGGGGUGGAAAGGGCACUGAGAUGUGGAAUCCAUCAACAUCUAAUCUCCUUCAAGUUAUUGUAUCAAUCCAAGGCUUGAUUUUGGUGUCAGAGCCCUAUUAUAAUGAAGCUGGAUAUGAAAGGCAGAAAGGCACACAGUUAGGGAUGGAGAACAGUAGAAUGUACAAUGAAAUGGUGGUUUUGAAAUUAGUGCAGUCUAUGACUAAAUUGAUAGUCUCUCCUCCAGAGGUAUUUCGGCAAGAAAUUAUUGAACAUUUUCAAAACCAAUCUUCAAAGUUUAUUCAGAGAUUAGAAAAAUGGUUAGAAAUAUCUGAAUCUUAUAAUGCUGAGCAUCCUUUGUCUCCUACCUCACCAACUACUUUUAAAGAGAUUCAUAGCAAGAAUUAUGAUUCCAGUGCUCAAGAUGUUCCUUUACCAGAAUUUCCACUUAUCCCUGCUUCAAAGGGCUUUUGUCUCACUCUUAGAAAAUCGUUGGCUGACUUCAAGAACAUUCUUUCAACCUCCCUUCCCCCACCAACCAACAGCUAGUCUAAAAAAUGUUCCUGCUCCUCCCUUCCCACCACCAAAGGAUGCAGCAUCUACGUAUUUAUAAUAAACUUAUUUAUGCAAUAAAACUAUCUUGCCAUGUAUUGUCCUCUUUUUUUAAAAGAAAAAUAUGAGUUAACUGUUUCAGUGCUGUCUCAAAAUUUUUCUUGUAAAAGACUUCAUGUUUUACCCGAUUUUUUGGCUAUCAUGUUCCUCAAGGUAAUAUUGUAUUCUGUGCAUUGCAAAACAUGUGGUGUUGUAACAUUUUGUCCACUAUGAUAAGUUUAAAAUAAUCAAAGAUUUCUAUGUAGGUUUGAUAUAAAUGCAAACUUCACAUAUUCUGCCUCUUUUGAGGAGUACAGUUUGUUUAAAAUUCAUAUUAAAUGCUGAGUUUAUCAUAUUCGUAUAGGAUGUAUUUUAUUUCUUUGGGACAUAAAAAAUUCUGUAAAGAGAAGAAUUAUUUUGUGAAUUAAUUUAAGAAAUAGAACAUAAUCUAUUUAUUUUAUAAAAAUUAAUAGAGAAUUUUAUUUUUUGUUAUCUAGUUUAAAUGUUUCUAAUAGCAUAUACUAUAUUAAUUAUUUAUUUAUAAGCAGCUUUAAAAAUUCAAAUGGGAAAUUAUAUGAGAAUAGAAUUUUUUAAACAUUUGAGUAAAAUACUACUUCAGAUAACAAUUGGAAUUGAAUGAAGCUGGUGAUAUUGAAUCUUCAAAUUUUGUUUGAAUUUUUGUUGAACUUGUUAGUUUUUCAUUGAAUUUAUUUUCAAUUUGUAGGUAUGGUAAAUUUUAUUUUAAUUGAAUAUUUUGAUUUUUGAAUAUUAUUUUUGUGAAUUUGUUUUUUUUAAUUGUCUUUCAUUUUCUUUUAUAAAAUUUUAUUUUGUUAAAACAUUGACAGAAUUUUUUUAGCAUAUCAGGAGCAUGCAGAGAAAGCAAAAACUACUGAAUAUGGAAGAUUGGUGCUUUUUGAAAGUUUAAAUUUAAUUUAAAAAAUAAAAUAACUUUUCAUUAUUUUAUAAAAUUAUAAUAUUCAUUAUAUAUAACUUUUCAUUAUUUUUAAUUCAUUGUUUGCAGACCUUUAAGAUGUUUCAAACAAAAUUAAUUCUUUGAGAUUGAUUAGUGUAAUAAAUUUAUUCUUAAUUCAAAUCACAUAUUAUCUAUUUUAGAAUUUAGAAGGGGGAAAAAAUUCCUUUGAUCUGUUUUCCGAAAGGUUUUAAAAAAAAGAAGAGGAAAAGUAAUUGUUCUAUGCUAUUGUGUAUUUGGCUCUUAGAGAUGCUUUUCUAAUCUUGCCAUUUGCAUUUUUUAACUUUUAGCAUAAUUUCCUCACUGAAUUAGAGUAAAAAAAGGGAACAUUUGAUAUAAAUGUGGUUGAUUUUUUUGUAUUAAAAGUAUUCCAGAAUAGUCAAAACUAUAAAAUUUAGACUGUUAUUUGAAAAGAAAUAUUUGUGAGAGUGGGAGACUUUUAACUAUUAAAGCAAUCAUCUUAUUUGUAUAAAUGAACCUGAAUUUACAUUUAAUAAAAGGUUAAAAAGAUUUUUACAUCUCUUGCGAUUUGCAAAUGCAAUUGCUUUUAAAUGGAUACUGAGUAUUCAUGGUUUCAAAAUUUGGCAUUAAAAGUAAUAGUCUAAUUUAUCUUUAAAAUAUCAAGUGCUGGUGCUUCUGUAUAUUUGUGGAGAUUGAUUCAAGUACUUCAGCUUUCUUCCCAGUGAAAUGCAUAUUUAGUGUAUUUAUUAGUCUAUAUGUCUGAUCCUAUGUGUUGUAAAUAUGUAAAUAUAAGUAUGAAAUUAGUUCAAGAGCUGCUGAUUAAAGUUCUAAUUUAUUAAUGA